AUGGAAAGAAACAAAGUUAAGUUUGAAGAUGUUAAUCCAAAUAUUUGGAAAAUUGCUAGAAACUGUCUAUCUUAUCUUCAUAAGAUGAUUAACUGGAAAAGAUUUCCUAACGUCUCCAACUCCUGUCCAACAAUAAAUUCUGAACAUCCUCAAGUUAUCAGAGUCUACUGGAAAGCCCCAAACUCUCCCAUUGUGAAGAUUAAUACAGAUGGAAGCUUUACCAAAGAUGGUGCUGGAGUGGGUGGCAUUUAUAGAAAUCAUUUGGGUAAGUGUCUGUUAUAUUUCUACACCCUAGUUAUGGCCACUAAUGCAACUGAUACUGAACUUAUUGUUGUGUAUUGGGCAAUCAUCCUUUCCAUUAAGGCUAAGUGGAAUAAGCUUUGGUUAGAAGUGGAUUCUGCUAUAAUUAUUCACCUCUUAAAUCAUGAGGAGGGAGCUCCCCGGCAUCACUCAUACUGGCUUAAUAAAAUCAGAGAUCUUAGUAGCAUGGUACAAAUUCACUUCACUUUCAUAUAUAGGGAAGGAAAUCAGCCUGCAAAUUGGUUGGCCCAGAUUGGAUCACAUUCUAACAUGACUGAGGUUGCUGCUAACCCUCCACCAACCCUGCAUUACCUGCUUCAAGGAGAUACUCUAGAUGUUCCUCACUUCAGAAUUGCUUAUAUAGACACAUGA